GAUAAGUGGACAUCCUCCGCGGCCACGGGGGUGAGGGUGGGGGGAGCGGCGCGGGGUGGAGCGUGCCCUGUUACUUUCUAGACGGGUUCCGGGGCCCGGUAGAGGCUCGCCGAGAGGAGAGGAAAAAGUGCGGCGGCCCUGGAACCUGGAUACCGCGCGAGGCAAGCUGCGCGCGGGCGGGCGGGCUAUGGCGCAGGCGGGUUGCGGGGCCGGCGCUGGUGGCGGGGCCCGGUGCAUGGCGGUCUGUCGGCGGAGUCGCCCUCGGGGGCUGUCAGAUUUGUGACCCAGAAGAAAAUCUCUGACCUCCACUGUGGCUCUCAGUGCUGGCCAGAAGCCCGCUUCAUGUCUAAGCGCACGAGCAGCAGUUUGCCAUGGAGAGCCUGGGGAUGCAGACGGUGACCCUCAGCGAUGGGACGACAGCCUACAUCCAGCAGGCCGUCAAAGGAGAGAAGCUGCUUGAAGGACAGGUGAUCCAGCUCGAGGACGGUACCACAGCUUACAUCCAUCAAGUGACGGUACAGAAAGAAUGUCUCUCCUUUGAGGAUGGGCAGCCUGUGCAGCUGGAGGAUGGCAGCAUGGCCUACAUACACCGCACACCCAAAGAGGGCUAUGACCCCAGCGCCCUGGAGGCCGUCCAGCUGGAAGACGGUUCCACCGCCUACAUCCACCACCCCAUAGCUGUGGCGUCCAACAGCACCAUCCUUGCUGUGCAGACAGAGGUGGGCUUGGAGGACCUGGCUGCAGAGGACGAGGAGGGCUUCAGCGCAGACACAGUGGUAGCCCUGGAGCAGUAUGCCAGUAAAGUUCUGCAGGACAGCCAGGCUGCCCAUAAUGGCAAAGGGCAGCAGACUGGAGACCGAGCAUUCCGCUGUGGCUACAAGGGCUGUGGGCGUCUCUACACCACUGCACAUCACUUAAAGGUGCAUGAGCGAGCUCAUACAGGUGACCGCCCAUAUAGGUGUGACUUCCCCAGCUGCGGAAAGGCUUUUGCCACGGGCUAUGGGCUGAAGAGCCACGUCCGCACCCACACUGGAGAGAAACCUUACAAGUGCCCAGAGGAGCUGUGCAGCAAGGCCUUCAAGACCUCAGGAGACCUGCAGAAGCAUGUCCGCACCCACACCGGUGAACGCCCAUUCCGGUGUCCUUUUGAGGGCUGCGGCCGCUCCUUUACCACAUCCAACAUCCGCAAGGUCCAUGUGCGCACCCAUACGGGCGAACGGCCCUACACCUGCCCUGAACCCCACUGUGGCCGUGGCUUCACCAGUGCCACCAACUACAAGAAUCACGUGCGCAUCCAUACAGGGGAGAAGCCAUACGUUUGCACCGUGCCAGGCUGUGGGAAGCGCUUCACCGAGUACUCAAGCCUGUACAAGCACCACGUGGUGCACACGCAUUGCAAGCCCUACACCUGUAGCACCUGCGGCAAGACCUACCGGCAGACCUCCACCCUGGCCAUGCACAAGCGCAGUGUGCACGGCGAGCUGGAAGCCACAGAGGAGAGCGAGCAGGCCCUCUACGAGCAGCAGCAGCUGGAGGCCGCCUCUGCAGCCGAAGAGAGCCCACCACCCAAACGACCCCGCAUCACCUAUGUUUCGGAGGUGAAAGAAGAGGGUGAUGACAUCCCAACCCAGGUGGCCAUGGUGACUGAGGAAGAUGGGGCUGCCCAAGUGGCUCUCAUCACUCAGGAUGGUACCCAGCAGGUCAACAUCACCCCAGAGGACCUGCAGGCCCUGGGGAGUGCCAUCAGCAUGGUGACCCAGCACGGCAGCACCACCCUCGCCAUCCCCAGUCAUGAUGACGACCUGGCCACGUCUGGCACGCAUACGGUCACCAUGGUCAGCGCUGAUGGCACGCAGACGCAGCCCGUCACAAUCAUCACUUCUGGAGCUGUCAUGGCUGAGGACUCAAGUGUAGCAUCCCUUCAUCAUCAACAGGUGGCACUAUUGGCCACAGCCAAUGGAACCCACAUUGCAGUGCAGCUGGAAGAGCAGCAGACCUUAGAGGAGGCCAUCAGCGUAGCCACUGCUGCCAUGCAGCAAGGGACCGUGACUUUGGAGACAGAGGUGUCGGAGAGUGGCUGCUGAGCCCGAGGCCUGGGUCCCACACCUCAUCGGAGGAGGUGCCAUGCUGCACAGGCAUGCCUGCUGCCAGGGGUCCUGGCUGCGGCUAGCCCACGGGAGGUGGCUGCACAUGGGUUUCUGAGGCAAAAAAGGCAGCAGAAAAACAGCUUUCCUGAAGGGGAUGGGUCCUGCCUCAGAUGGGGAGUGGGUCAUCAUCAGACACUGAGGGGAGCCUUCCCUUACAGAGGACCCACUUCCUGCCUUCAGUUCACCUUUGUUCUCAGGUGGAGAGUGGGCAGCAGUGAGCUGGCCCUCUAUCCUUACUGAUCCCAGCCCGUCAGGGGAGAGAUCAGCUGGCUCUUUAGUUGAGUUGGGACAGAACAGGCCUGGCCCAGCCCUACUCAGCGCCCGCCCCCCCCCCCCCAGCAAUAACCACCUCCCCAGAGGCUGGAGGGCAACCCAAGAUACCUGGCUGCUCGGCACCAGGGACUCCCUGCCACCACAGUCAGAAUUAAUUCCUCAGGGGCCUGUGGCUGGAGAAAAGGUGCCCAGCCCGCACCACCCCCAACUGCCCCCAGCCCAGAGAGGCAGAAGAACAGCCCUGUGUGUAUAUAUAGAGAGAGAGACUGGCUGGCGCUUGGGUUUCAUUUGUUUUGGUUUAUUUUUUUUUAAUUCCAUUUUGAUAAUUUGUUUCUCCUGUUGUGGGUGGUGAUGGCAGCAGCAAACGGAUGAAUGAGUAUUUAAUAAAAGUUCCCAAGUUUCCACCUAGCUCCUCUGUCAAGUGAGACUGUCGGUCCUGUUUCCCUGGCGCAAGGCCCGCUCAGCCUCCACACCUCCAUAGCAGCUGGUCUGCCGGGGCACAGUGGGGAGGGAGGAAGGUCUGCUUGCAAUAAACCCUGCUGAGCCCCUGUGACUUCCUGCCCACAGCUGAGCAGGUGGCUCCAGACUGCGUCUCAGGCCUCAGGGUGAUUGGGCUGGGGGAAUUGUGCUUCCCAGAGUCGCACCUUGCAGCCGCAUUCGUGUCACUCUUCCCAGAGGGCACAGCUCUGGUGGGAGAAGGGCAGAAUGUGAGAUCACUGGUGCCCAAAUUCUGGCUCUGUUAGCCCACUCUGGGGUGCCAGCCGAGCUCUAGGGCUGUGCUGUGGAUUCCAAAGCCACAGUCAGACCCACUACAAAGCAAGUGGUAAGGGCAGAGGAGCCAGAGGAAGGGACGUGGGAAAGGCAUGGGAUGGCAAGAGACUCUAGGUUUGGUCCUGGCUGAACAGGGACUUGCCAAGGAUUAGAAAUGUCUCUUUCCCCAUUAUGAUGACCGUACCCCAAGCUCUUUCCUGCGUCCUGGAAAUGCACCCUCAACGCCCUGACCCAGACAUCCCCUCCUGGGUUACCUGAAAAGUUCCAGCUACUCUUAACACCAGCACCCUGAAAACCAGGGUGGGAGGAGGGACAUGUGUCUCAGAAUUGGCCCAGACAGGUGUCUGGGGCACCCAUGAUUGUUAUCCUCAGUGUGACUACCACCCUUUGGGUGCUGGACCUGAAGGUGUGGCUGCCUACUGCCAGGACCACUGCGAUUGGACCUCACACAAGGCUCACCCACAAGUGCUCACAAUCUGCAUGUCUUCUGGGCCCAGAGUGGGCAGGACUCUGCAUGCCUUUUAAGGCCAAUGCCCAGGGGAUGGAGCCAGCAAAUGAA